CAGCACAAUGCCUGAACCAGCAAAGUCAGCGCCCAAGAAGGGCUCAAAGAAAGCCGUCACCAAGGCGGCCGGCAAGGGUAAAGGAAAGAGGAGAAAGACAAGGAAGGAGAGUUAUGCCAUCUAUGUCUACAAGGUCCUGAAGCAGGUGCACCCUGACACCGGCAUCUCUUCCAAGGCCAUGAGCAUCAUGAACUCUUUUGUCAAUGACAUUUUUGAGCGCAUCGCUUCUGAGGCGUCUCGCCUGGCUCACUACAACAAAAGAUCCACCAUCUCCUCCAGAGAGAUUCAGACGGCAGUCCGACUCUUGUUGCCUGGAGAAUUGGCCAAACAUGCUGUGUCAGAGGGAACUAAGGCAGUGACCAAGUACACCAGCUCCAAGUAAUCUACUUUUGAUAAAUUCAACACUCAACGGCUCUUUUAAGAGCCACUCACUUCUUCAAAAGAGAAAGUUGCAGAAUGAUGUGUAUUGGAUUAAUCAACAUUAUAUCAGUCAGCCUAUAUUGUGUAUGUACCAGCUAUGCCACUGACUUGUAACGAAUAAAUAUAUAUUGGGAUGAGGUGUUGCUGACCUGACACAAAGCAAAAAUAUAUAGAAAUCUUCCUGGAAAUAAACUGAAU